CGGCUGAAGCCGCGUCCGGGCGCGGUUCGCUCCCAGUUCCCUCCCAGCGCUCCCAGUACGAGCGGCACCGGCUGGGAAAGCGCUCCCAGUUCCCUCCCAGCGCUCCCAGUACGAGCGGCACCGGCAGGGAAAGCGCUCCCAGUUCCCUCCCAGCGCUCCCAGUUCCCUCCCAGUGCUCCCAGUAAGAGCGGCACCGGCUGGGAAAGCGCUCCCGGAACCCGCCCAGGACAGAGCGCGGCACUGCCCGGGCAGGGCUGGGAGCGGAGGAGGAGCGGGGCGAAGAGGAGGGACAGAGGAGGAGGAGGGAGAAACGAAGGAAGAGAAAGAGAAAGAGGAAGAGGAGGGACAGAGGAGGAGGAGAGAGAGAAGAAGGAGCGGGAGAAAGAGGAAGAGGAGGGACAGAGGAGGAGGAGGAGCAGCCCCAGCCCCGCUCCGGCCGCGGCUCGCCCGGAUCCGCCGGCAUCGCCCGCCCGGAGCCCGCCGGAGCUGGGCAUGGAGAGCAGCGAGGACAAAUCCCAUCGUGUCCUUGUCCUUCCUCGGCCAGAGCAGGAGCUGGGCAUGGAGAGCAGCGAGGACAAAUCCCAUCGUGUCCUUGUCCUCCCUCGGCCAGAGCAGGAGCUGGGCAUGGAGAGCAGCGAGGACAAAUCCCAUCGUGUCCUUGUCCUUCCUCGGCCAGAGCAGGAGCUGGGCAUGGAGAGCAGCGAGGACAAAUCCCCGCGGCGGCAGAACCUGGUGGCAGAGGCCGUUUGGAGCGGCUCCACGGCGCAGGAAGGCAGCGGGGAGGAGAAGCCGCGGAGAUCCCUCAGCAGGAGGGGCUGCAAAGGCAGAGCGCGGGGAUCCGAGGGGGAAAGAGCCAGCCUGGGCCGGGGAGGGGGUCAGAGCUCAGAGCUGGGGGUCCGUGAGCAGCUCCAGGAUGGAGAGAAGCCCCACAAGAGCUCGGAGCUGGGGGUCCGUGAGCAGCUCCAGGAUGGGGAGAAGCCCCACAAGUGCUCGGAAUGUGGGAAGAGCUUCAACAGGAGCUCCCACCUGAUGGUCCACCAGAGGAUCCACACCGGGGAACGACCCUACGAGUGUGGGGAGUGCGGGAAGAGCUUCAGCUCAAGCUCCAGCCUGGUUGUCCACCAGAGGAGCCACUCCGGGGAGAGACCCCACGAGUGUGGGGAGUGCGGGAAGGGCUUCGCCUCCACCUCCAACCUGAUUGUCCACCAGAGGAGCCACACUGGGGAGAGACCCUACGGGUGUGAUCAGUGCAAGAAGACCUUCCUGAGCUGCGGUGAUCUCGUCGUGCACCAGCGCUCCCACACGGACGAGAGGCCCUUCCACUGCCCCGACUGCAGCAAGGGCUUCAACCGCGUCUCCACCCUCAACAGGCACCGGCGCAUCCACUCCGGGGAGAAGCCCUACGGGUGUGAUCAGUGCCAGAAGAGGUUUCAGAGGCGCUUCCAUCUCCUCCGUCACCGUCUCGUCCACAGCGAGGAGAGGCCCUUCCGCUGCCGUGACUGCGGGAAGGGAUUCAGGCAGAACGCCACCCUCGUCGUCCACCGGCGCACCCACACCGGGGAGAAACCCUACGAGUGUCCCCAGUGUGGGAAGAGCUUCCGAGAGAGCUCCAACCUGACUGUCCACCUGAGGAGCCACACGGGGGAGAGGCCCUACGGGUGUGAGCAGUGCAAGAAGAGGUUUUACACCACGUCGGAUCUGCUCAAGCACCAGCGCUCGCACACGGAUGAGAAACCCUUCCGCUGUGCCGACUGCGGGGUGGGAUUCAGGCACAACUACGGACUCGUCAAACACCAACAAAUCCACACCGUGGAGAGGCCCUACGAGUGUGGGGAGUGUGGGAAGAGCUUUGCUAGAAGCUCUACCUUGGCCAGGCACCAAAAGAGCCAGCACUAAGGGCAGCCCUGGCUGGGAAGAGCUUUGUGGUCUGCUCCAUCCUACAAGGAUCUGCUCUGGAUGGUCUCCAGUGAGCCCAGGUGGGCAGAGCCCAGGUGAGCCCUGUUGGGAGGACACCUGGCUGGGGGCUCCUCAUCCUCCUGCCCAGGUGGGCAGAGCUCCGUUGAUCUGUGUUUGAUGGACACCUGGCUGAGGGCUCCACAUCCUCCUGGUUCCUCAUGGUCACAUCCGCAGUCCAAGAUCCAAAAUCCAUUGUGGAGAGCAGAUUUGUCAACUUCCAAGCCCAGAAAAAUCUCAUUUUUCCCCUCUUUUGGUGGUCUUCAGCAACUCUAGAUAGCCUUGGAUGGCAUCUCCACCAUCAAUCCAUCCCCCACAGGAGGAUCUGCUCUGGAUGGUCCCCAGGGAGCCCAGGUGGGCAGAGCCCAGGUGAUCUCUGUUGGAGCACACCUGGCUGGGGGCUCCUCAUCCUCCUGGCUCCCCUGGCCUGGAUUUCCUUUCCAUUUCCCUUUGUCCUUUCCAAACACCCAAACCUGGAGUUCACAAUAAAGAUGUUGAACUGAAACAA